GCGCGCCGCCGCCGCCGCCGUCUCCGUGGCUGUCUCCGGCCGCCGCCGUCUCCGCAGUGAGGUCACGGGUGGGCGGUGCGUACGCGGCGGCUGUUCCGCUCCUCGGGCUGCCGAAGCCCCCGCGGCGUCGGGUUAUCUGGAGAGACCUCCAGAACUCUGUGUUAGCGCAAGGCAUGAGUCUAGCCGAUGACCUGGACCUUACCUCUGUUGCUAAUAACUCGGGGUGGGAAAAUUCUUACACACACCAGUGACAUCUGUCCGAAAGGUGACUCUCGGGCAAUGGAGAGCCCACAGAUUAAUUUUCCCCUGGGUCUAGUUUCGGACCAAAAAAGGAGCGGGAUCGAAGAAGAUGGGAGCCCACCGUUAAAAAAAGCAAUGACAGAAAUGCAUGUGAAUAGCAAAGUACGAGUUGUAAUAAACAAAUUGCCAGCAAUUAAGAAGGAAAACUUGGAUGAAUAUGAUGAAACUCCUGCAGAGGCUGAUGGGGAAACUGCCAAGCCAAACAGCGCUUCGCUAUCUGAGCCUUUGAAUUUAAAUCCAGGUUUGAAACACACGUUGGCACAGUUCCACCUGAGCAGCCAGAGUUCACUGGGUGGACCAGCAGCUUUUUCAGCUCGUUAUUCCCAGGAAAGUAUGUCACCCACUGUCUUCUUGCCUCUUCCAUCGCCACAAAUACUCUCUGGCCCGCUGCUCAUUCCUCCGGACAGCUCCACAGAACUCACCCAGACUAUACUGGAGGGGGAAUCGAUCUCCUGUUUUAAAGUGGGAGGAGAAAAAAGACUUUGCCUGCCUCAAGUGUUGAAUUCGGUUCUCCGAGACUUUUCAUUGCAACAGAUCAACACAGUGUGUGAUGAACUGUAUAUUUACUGCUCAAGGUGCACUUCUGACCAGCUUCAUAUUCUGAAGGUGUUGGGCAUUCUUCCAUUUAACGCUCCGUCCUGUGGUCUGAUUACACUGACUGAUGCUCAGAGACUAUGCAAUGCUUUACUACGUCCUCGCACUUUUCCUCAGAACGGCAGUUUCCUCCCUGGUAAGAACACCUUGGCCCAAUUGAAAGAGACUGGCAGUGCCUUUGAAGUAGAGCAUGAAUGCCUGGGCAAGUGCCAGGGGUUGUUUGCACCUCAGUUCUACCUUGCACCGGAUGACCCCUGUAUCCAGUGUUUAGAGUGCUACGGGAUGUUCUCCCCCCAGACGUUUGUGAUGCAUUCACACAGAUCCCCGGACAAGAGGACCUGCCACUGGGGGUUUGAAUCAGCCAAGUGGCACUGCUACCUGCAUAUUAACCAAAAAUACUUGGGAACAUCAGAGGAGCGGGAACUGAAGCAUCUCUUGGAGGAAAUGAAGGAGAAGUUUAGCGAGAAAAAUCAGAAAAGAACUAGGUCCAAAGCAGAUUCACAGCAGCAGAGCCUGGAAUUACCACAGUGGUAUCCAGUUAUAAAGCAAGAAGCAGAAACUGAUCCUCAACCACCCUCCUUUUUCCAUCCCAGCUACUACCUUUAUAUGUGCGAUAAAGUGGUGGCCCCAAAUGUAUCUCUUGCAUCACAGUACAAGGACGUUGCAAAACCAGCAGUCAGAGCUUCAGAAGUAGCUAAAUCCUCACCUGGACAUUCAGAGAAGAAGCUCAGUAGUGGAAAGCACAAAAAAGCUGCCUCUUAUCCAGAACUGUCCCUUGAAGAACAGGAAAAAAUUGACUUGAAAACUGGUGUGGAGCAGCAUAAACGUUUAGAUCCAGUCGUGUCAACUCGUUCUGCAAGAGGUGGGAAGUCUGAGCGUGCUGCUUCCAGAGUCACUAGAGACUCCAGCCAUGUGGAAGUAGGCAGUGAUGUGCGAACCUUGUCCCCCACUCUCAUGAAAGACAUCAGCUGUGAAGAUGACAAGGGAAAGAUCAUGGAAGAAGUAAUGAAAACCUACAUCAAACAGCAAGAGAAACUGAAUACUAUUUUGCGGAGGAAACAGCAGCUGCAAAUGGAAGUGGAGAUGUUAAGCAAUUCCAAAGCUAUGAAGGAACUAACUGAAGAGCAGCAGAACUUACAAAAAGAACUUGAAUGUCUGCAAACGGAGCACGCUCAAAGGAUGGAAGAGUUUUAUUUUGAGCAGAGAGACUUGGAGAAGAAACUGGACCAAGUGAUGAAGCAAAAGUGUAGCUGUGACUCCAAUUUGGAAAAAGACAAAGAAGCUGAAUAUGCAGCACAGCUGGCAGAAUUGAGACAGCGAUUGGAUCACGCAGAGGCUGAUAGACAAGAGCUUCAGGAUGAACUGAGGCAAGAACGAGAGGCAAGGGAAAAGCUAGAGAUGAUAAUAAAGGAAUUGAAGCUACAGAUCUUGAAGUCAUCAAAAAAUGGGAAAGGGAAAUAGGAAGUGGAAGAGGAAGCAAGACUGCGUCCUUCAAACAGGGUGUUUUGGUUUUUAAUGAAUUGUGAGCAGUUUCUGUGUGAUCAGAAGAAGUCUUCUCUACAGAUUUCUAUUUCCCAGCCAAGCCCAGAUGAAGAUACACAGAAAUAUAAAUAGCUAGAGAUAGAUAGGUAAACAUUUUUAGAUUUUCCUAACCAAUGAAAAUCUGCAGUUCUUUGUACUGGUGUUUUUCUCAAACAAUGAAAAAUAAGAUUUAGAGUGACCAGUUUCUGUCUAAUGCAGUCUUGAGGACUCUCUACCUUUUGACACUGUCUGUUAAAAUACAUGUGGUGACCUUUAUUUUGCUCUCAAUUGCACAUCCAGUUAUAAAAGUACAUUAAAAGCAUUCUGGAUUCUUCAAGGUCAAAAGUAGCUUGGGUGUCAGAGAGAAUUAGGUGUUCUCAAGCUGGGGAAUGCAAAGGCAGCUUUUCAUCUAUAAGGUAAUACUCCAGAUCACCACAGUGAUAGAUGAUUGAUCGUCAGAAGUGAUUUACCGGCGUGAGUUUUUGCCCAUAAUUUCAUCAUGUGAAGUCAAGCUGAUCUUCCCAGUAUUUUUAACAGCUCAUUAUCAGUCUAAAAGAGUUUUUAGAGCCAGCAUUUAGCUUGCUUUGCUGGAAGAAGAAAACAUUUAAGG